UAGGCAACGGUGUUGGGGGGCGAAACCGUCCGCGUGGAGCUGGCAGCAGUAUAAAAGCUCCGUGUCCGGUUUGCCAGGUCUUCACAGUGAUGGAGGUGGAACACACACACGUCAGGUGGGAGCUGACAGCAGGCAGCCCGUUGCGCAGCUCUCAGGUCAGCCGUUAGCUGCUCUCCGGCCCACAGAUGUGAGCGAGUUUGUUGAAUCAUGCGUGUUGACAGCGGCGGUGCUAGCUUACACCACCGCGGUAGCUGCAAUUUACGACCAGAUGUCUGACAUUGCUCAGGGAAUGGAUGGACCGUGUUCACACGCUGUAAAAACCGGGACCAGCUGAAGAAAGUCGGACAGAUUUCGCGGGGGAAACGCCGCCGUGUCGGGACGUUAUUCACCGUGUUUGGUUGAAUCCACAUCUUCUCCCCAACACUGCUUUUUUGUGUUUGUUUGUUUGUCUGUUUUAACGUUUCCUGGCACUCGACGACUGGUAGGAUAAUAAUAUAAAUGAUGAAGUUUAAGCCCAACCAGACCAGGACGUACGACGGAGAGGGGUUCAAGAGAAGAGCGGCGUGUUUGUGCUUCAAGAACGAAAAAGAGGACGAGGUGAUACUGGUGAGCAGCAGUCGACAUCCGGACCAGUGGAUCGUGCCAGGAGGGGGAAUGGAGCCGGAAGAAGAGCCGUGUGGGGCCGCCAUCAGGGAGGUGUACGAAGAGGCUGGUGUGAAGGGGAAGCUUGGCAGACUACUCGGGAUCUUUGAGCACAAUAAAGACAGGAAGCACAGGACAUACGUCUACACCCUCAUAGUGACGGAGACGCUGGAAGACUGGGAGGAAUCUGUCAACAUUGGGAGAAAGAGGAAGUGGUUCAAAAUUGACGAAGCCAUCCGGGUCCUGCAGAGCCACAGACCUGUCCAUGCAGAGUACCUACGCAGGCUCACAAACACCUGUAACCCCACCUGCAGUCCUGUGUGUAGCCCGACUAAUGGCAACACCCCGAGCUCCCAAGUGACGGACAACAACACACCUCACUAUGUUGUUUGCUCCACACAGGGCUCACACCUGGUCAACAGAUAGGACCAUCAGCAGCAGAUUUUUCUGACAGAACACCAGGAUGGACAUAUCUGGAAAAGACUUAUGCAUUGAUUGCAUUACUAAUGCAGCCUCUUAAUAUGUACAGUAUGGACUUCUUUGAAGUUGAUUUGACACCGGUUCCAAAUGGGCUUUGAAGAGUGCCAAAAGGUUAUCCAAGUGUAUUUAAGAUUUUAUAUGGACAUUUUUAACAACCAUCACCAGCUACAUAGAGCAAAUGUGUAAAGCAACGUAAAAAGGUCCUUUUUUAGUCCUACAUGCUGAAUUUUUUUGGGUAGCAGUGCACUGAGCUUUUGGGUGGUUUCCCGGAAGCCAGUACUAGGAAGUGUUUGCUCUCAAAGGAAGUCAUAUCCCCACAGUGACUCAGUGCCAGAUAAUGCCCUUCGUUCUGAAGACGAGUAGCUACAUUUGUGUGGACAUUUGAUUACAAUGCAGUUUUUGUGAAUUAUCAUGACUUUCUGGGAGUUGGUGUAGCUCAAGUCCUGUGAGGUAUUUUGCCUCAAGGGAGCUGAGGGCAAAGUCUGUUUGGAUUCAGGUGUGAGCAACAUUUCUCCUCCUGUAAUUACUAAGUACACAGCACGGUAUCAUCUCUGAUCACUAGUAACAGUGUUACUGUAAUACAGAUGAGAUGAAAAUCUACGCACUGGAAUGGAGUUUUAAAUAGUCCUUCUUCAAACAUCCUUUAAUUUGUACAUAUAUUUAAUGUUGUCAGGCUGAACAAAUUUCAGUAUAUUGGCACAGUUCAAUAAAUAUAAGCUUUUGUAUCGUGGAACAAAACUUUCAAAUGUGCCAAAGAAGGCGCGCAUUCAACACUACGAACAGACUAUCAUACAAAAACAAUACAUAUCGUCUGAAAAAACAUCAUCAUUAAUAUAAAGUGUUUUCGGACAAAUGUUGAAUCAUGUUUAAGUUGCAAUAUGUAAGAAUUUUAGUUGAAAACACUGAGAAUAUUAACUGCAUUUAUCAACAGA